AUGGUAUCAAAAGUAAAAACUUUUGGUCCAAAAAUACUUCAAAUGCUUGAAAUUGUAAAACUUGCAACGUCAUGGCAACAACACCAAAACGUGGAGGGAAUAGGUAAAAGGGCAUGUAAGAUUAGAAAACGAGGUUGUUCUUCAUCUUCAUCAUCAUCUUUGAUCCAAAAAUACAGAUUCAAGCGUGCAAUUUUGGUUGGAAAAAGAGCAGGAUCAACUACCCCUGUUCCUACAUGGAAAGCAGCUUCUUUAGCGAUGCCAAGUUCUGAAUUUCCCACCAAGGGUUCACCAAAGACUGUUACCAAAACCAAACAAGCCUCAGUUUCUGCUAGAAAACUUGCUGCCACUUUGUGGGAGGUUAAUACAAUCCCUUCCCCACAAGCAAAGGAAGAUUUGGAGAAGAAAGAUAGGAGGAGAAAAUUGCCUAGAGUUGCAAAAAUGGCUGAUAGUUUGCCGCCAAAUAUGUCUGAUCCGCCUUAUAGUCCUAUUUCAGAGAAGAUGGAUCAAGCCAGAAUCAAAUCUCAUAGGAGAAGAGCUUCAGUUGUUUCUCAAAAGCUUCAAGUAACUGAUUAUAAGUUGGGGAGCUUGGACACUGUUGGCAAUGCUAAUGUGAUGGAGAUUGAAACUCAUUCUAGGGGUAAAAAUCAUGCUGGAUGCAUGAUUGGAAUUAGAACUCGUUUAAAGGAUGUCAGUAAUGGUCUAGCCACUUCUAAAGAACUCCUAAAAGUUUUGAAUCGUAUUUGUGGUCUUGAAGAGCAACAUUCAUCAGGCAUGUCCCUUGUCUCCGCCCUGCGUGUUGAACUUGAUAGAGCACGCAUCCAAGUUGAUCAAUUGAUCCAAGAGCAACGAUCUAAUCGCAAUGAAAUUGAGUACCUCAUGAGGCAUUUUGCAGAAGAAAAGGCAGCUUGGAAGAGAAAGGAGCGUGAGAGAAUUCGUGAUGCCAUAGCAUGCAUAGCAGAAGAGCUUCAAGUAGAGAAGAAACUCAGGAGGCAAACAGAGAGAUUGAACAAGAAGCUUGGAAAAGAAUUGGCAGAUACAAAGGCAAUGCUGUCAAAGGCAACAAAAGAGCUUGAUUGUGAGAAGAAGGCAAAAGAAAUAUUGGAGCAAGUCUGUGAUGAGUUGGCUAGAGGUAUUGGAGAAGAUAGAGCCAUGGUUGAAGAACUGAAACGAGAGUCAGCUAAAGUGAGGGAAGAAGUGGAGAAGGAAAGAGAAAUGCUUCAGUUUGCUGAUGUAUUACGAGAGGAGAGAGUCCAGAUGAAGCUUUCCGAGGCUAAAUAUCAUUUUGAGGAGAAGAAUGCCGUUGUUGAAAAGUUGAGAAAUGAACUUGAGGCCUACCUAGGAACAAAAAUAGGUGAAGAAAAUGGUGAUGGUUCUCCGAAUCUACGGAGAAUCAAGGAGCUCGAAGCUUAUUUGAAAAAUAUUGAUUUUGGAUCAGGUCAAGCGGCAGAGAACGAUGUGGAUAAAGGUGAAAUUGCGGAUGGAGAAGAGUGUGAAGCAGAUGACUCAGCUGAUAGUGAUCUUCACUCCAUUGAAUUAAAUAUGGAUAACCAUAACAGGAGCUACAAGUGGAGUUAUGCUUGUGGAAAUUAUGCUGAAGUUGAAUCAAAGAAGAAUUCUGUUGAAAAAGAAAAUAAGAGGAGGAAAUCUCUCUCAGAGAAAAUUUCUUGGGGAAAUAUUUGCUUAGAAAGAGGAAGUGCUAAUUCUACAGAAUGGGACUUUGUCCUUAAAAGCCAGGAAAAAUUAGAUGGCUUUGAGAGGGAUCAGACGUACAUUCCAGCUUCACAAGUUCAGGCACAGGAUUACGAAGAUGAAAUUAAAAGAUACAGAUCAGUUAAGAGUCUUAGAGAUCACAUAUUAUCUAGUAAUAAAAUAGCACCCAUCCAAAGCUUUUCCAGUCCAACCCGGCAAUGGAGCCAGUCCAUGCAUUUUCAGGAGCCUAAGUUAGUUGGCAUCAGAGGUGAAGGCCGAACUUCAACAGGCUAAGAGAGAAGAAACAUUUAAUUUUUUGUUUUCCUUUCCUGACUAAUGCUUUGUUGCAUUUUCUUGAAAUUCAAACAUUCUCACUGGGAAUUUAUUUAUGUUGAUUAAUUGCAAACUCCAAAAAGCGAGACUGUAAAUAAACUCCUAGGCUGUAUGAUUCUGGUAUAAUUUAUGGAUACAAAUUGUUCUACAAGAAUAGA